CCCCUCAACAACCCACCUUAACCCACCAAGUCCCUAAACCUAAUCCCUUCAACCUACCCUCCUUAAUCUCCAAAUCCUAAAUCCUAUCCCCUCCCUUCCUACCACCAUGUUGAAAAUCUUACAAGCCAACCUCCAACACGCGAAGGCAUCCAGUGCCGUCGCGUGCAAGGUCCUCCAAGAGGAUGGACUGGACAUGGCUUUGUUACAAGAACCGUGGAUCCAUGGAAACACGGUACUGGGACUGACCGCUGCAGGAUUCUGCACUGAUGACCUAGUAGCGGCACAUGUAAUGCUGCCCGGCUGUGAGGGCAUGAAGCUCAUUGUUAGCUCGGCCUACCUGCCCGGGGAGCACACAGAUCCGUCGACGGCCCUCGCUCCACUGGUGGAGUACUGUGAGGACCAAAAUGCCCAGCUUGUGAUAGGGGCCGAUUGCAAUUCCCAUCACACAGCCUGGGGCAGUACGGAUACCAACAAGAGAGGUGAGAUCUUGUUCGACUUCCUCCUGACUAACAACCUAUUAACACUCAAUGAUGGCAACACACCAACUUUCGUCACACGCGCGCGUCAGGAGGUUCUAGAUGUAACAAUCUGCACAGGUCUACUUGAAAGACGUGCUUGCAACUGGCAUGUCUCGAAAGAGGCAUCCAUGUCUGAUCACAGACACAUACGAUUCGACAUUGCUCUCAUAGGGAAGAGCCAAGUGGAGACCUUCAGAAACCCGAAGGCUACAGACUGGGACGUUUAUCGACACCAAGUUUCGGAAAACCUAGGGGUUAUGAGAGGCUCCGUCAAAUCCACACAGCAACUCGAAUCAACAGUAGAGGAGCUCGGAAGGUGCAUGUUAGAUGCCUACGAGAACAGUUGCCCUCUAAAAACUAGAUGCUCUAACACUAAGGUCCCCUGGUGGAACUCUAACCUGGAGCAUCUAAGAAAAACAGCUCGGAAAGAAUUCAACAGGGCUAAAAUCACGAAGCAAUGGGAUUUGUAUAGGAAAGCCCUCACUGAAUUUAAUCGCGAGCUCCGGAAGGCGAAAAGGCAAUCUUGGAGGCGCUUCUGUGAAGAGGUAAAAAGUGCCCCUCAUGUUGCGAAAAUCAAAAAGAUUUUGUCUAAAUCGCCUUCCGCUAAUCUGGGACUGCUUAAAAGACCAGAUGGGACCUUUACUGAAUCCCCAGAGGAGACUCUAAGGCUGCUUGCACAGACCCACUUUCCUGGAUCGCUGGAUGGGCACAGUGAUGCACAUGCAGGGCAGCAGCCUACCAAAAUUAGGCCAAGUAAUGAGGACUGGAGAAAAGCCUCACAGGUCUUCACUCCUAACCGUGUUAGAUGGGCAAUCAAAAGCUUCAUGCCCUUUAAAACCGGGGGAGAGGAUAAUAUAUUUCCAGCACUACUACAAGAAGCAUGUGAUAUUAUCCUUCCAAUUGUGGUAAAAAUCUUCAGAGCUUCUUAUGCCUGGGGAUACAUGCCACACCUAUGGACUAGGGUGAGGGUGACCUUUAUCCCCAAAACGGGAAAUAGAGACAAGUCCCUACCUAAGUCCUAUAGACCCAUAAGUCUCACCUCCUUCAUGCUCAAGGCUAUGGAAAAGGUGAUCAAUCUUCACAUUAGAACGGGCUACCUCACACAAAACCCACUGCAUGUGAAGCAGCACGCCUAUCAAAAGGGCAAAUCUACGGAAACUGCCCUUAUUGAACUUACUGAUAGGAUUGAGAAAGCACUAGAGGACAAAGAAAUUGCCCUCUGUGCUUUUCUAGAUGUAGAGGGCGCUUUUGAUAACACCUCGACGAAUGUCAUUCUCAAAUGUAUGAGGGACAAAAACAUCGAUAACACAACACUAACGUGGGUAGAAUCGAUGUUAACCAACAGGACUGUUAAAACAACACUCCUGGACAAGAGCAUUGAGGUUAAAAUAACAAGAGGAUGUCCCCAAGGCGGCGUACUAUCGCCCCUGGAGUGGUCCAUUGUUGUCGACACCCUGCUCUGCGAGCUCAAUGAAGCUCGCUUCGACACUCAGGGCUACGCUGAUGAUCUCGUUAUAACCAUCGUAGGCAAAAGCGCCAGCACGAUUUCAGAUCUGAUGCAAAGAGCCCUAAGGAUGGUAGAGCGCUGGUGCAGGGAGUAUGAACUCUCUGUAAAUGCCAGCAAAACCAUAAUUGUACCGUUCACCCGAAGAAGGAUCCUAGAUGGUCUGAGACCACCUGAUUUCUUUGGGGAAACGGUAAACUUCUCCAAAGAAGCCAAAUAUCUUGGUGUAAUCCUAGAUCAGAAGCUGACUUGGAAUCAACAUCUGCAGUACAUAGCCCAGAAAGCUAAAUGCGCUAUGGGAUCGUGCUGUAGACUAGUUGGGAAAAAAUGGGGCCUAAAGCCGAAGUUAACUCUUUGGCUAUACGAAGCCGUAGUGAGACCUAUGGUAACAUACGGCUGCGUAGUAUGGCACAGGAAAACCCAACAAAAAACCUGUCAAGAUGUAUUAAGUAGUCUUCAAAGGUUAGCGUGUCUGAUGGCCACUGGAGCUAUAAGGUCCACUCCGACAGCAGCGAUGGAAGCCAUGCUGAAUCUUAGCCCUUUACACAUACAUGUGCAGAAAGAGGCUCGAUCAGCUAUGCUACGGGCUGCUGAAGGAGGCAGGAACCGAUGGCACUCGGCUGUGUUCAGCUCGCUCCACCGAGAGCUUCUCAGUACCCAUGCCAUGGCGAUGCCUUCCGACGCUAUGGAAACGGAGUACUGUUUUUCAAGGCUCUUUUCAGUUGAGAUACCAGAAAGGGAGAAGUGGAAUGAUGAUAAGGCCCUUCAAACUUUCCGGUCGGGAGACAUCGUGUGGUACACCGAUGGAUCCAAAAAGGAAGGCCUGGCAGGUUCAGGCAUUUACGGAGAAAGGCCAAGAGCACGCAAAUAUGCGAGCCUGGGAAGGUUUGCCUCCGUAUUCCAAGCCGAGAUAUAUGCCAUCAUUGGAUGUGCAUACGAAAACCUGGACAGGGCCUUCACUCGGAGGAAUAUAUUUAUUCUGUCAGACAGCCAAGCUGCUCUUAAAGCAUUGACUUCUGCAGAAGUUAACUCCAAACUUAUAAUGGAGUGCAUCCUCAUCCUGAACAAAAUUGGCGCUAACAACAGAGUGACCCUGCGAUGGGUGCCCGGGCAUUGUGGCAUCAAUGGCAAUGAGGAAGCAGAUGAGCUCGCACGUCUGGGAGCAGAAAGCCUACCGUUGGGCCCCGAGCCCAUCAUCGGGCUACCAAAAUGCACCAGUCGUCGCGAGAUCAAGGACUGGGCACAUAACCAAAGCUUAGAAGCUUGGAAUAAUGUACCAGGGCAACAUCAUGCAAGAGCCCUAAUCGUGGGCUAUUCACAGAAAUUUACGCGUCGAGUUUUGGAGCUCACACGCAACCAGAUAAGGGUUUUGACAAGAACCUUAUCAGGUCACUGUAGGUUGAACCGUCACCUACAUAAAAUGGGUCUGUCCGACACUCCAAUUUGUAGAUUCUGCAAUGAAGAGGACGAAACGCCCAUGCAUAUUCUCUGUGAAUGUGAGGCCAUCAUUCACAAGAGAAACAGAAUCUUGGGCGGCUACAAAUUAGCCCCCAUAGAUGUCAGGUCUCUCCCUCCCGGUAAAAUCAUCAGGUUUAUAAAAGACCUGGGCCUGGAGAGUGAGAUUUGACUCGGCAAGGGGAGUCACAAUAGAUCUUUUAGGUCGCAGUGGCGAAUGGGCACUGGUUGCCCUCCCCUUUUCUAUAACUAUAACUAUAUAACUA